GUCGCCCACACCUGCCGUCCACAAUCAUCCACAAAAUACAUUUCAAGAAAAAUUGUUAGUUUUUUACUCAUAGACGAUUAGUGCUGUGGUUAAGAACACUUUUUAUAAGUUCUUUCUCGUUUUUGAGCGUUUAAUUACCUCCCGUCGAAGAGUCAUAUACCACUGCAGUAUCAGCAUUAAAACAGUCGAAUAUCUUUUUUUUUGAAAGCUAGAGGAUAUUAGGAACAUAAUUGUUUUAUCCUGAAUUGCCGAUAUUGUCUUAUGAACCUCUCCUCAGCAAAAAGACGGUUUACUCGAAAAUAGUCAAGGGAAACUUGAAUAAUUUAGAACAACAAACCAACAAAGCACUGAGGUUUCAUAUCUCAACAGAAACCGUGAUUAUGAACACAAACGAACACGAUAUGGCUACAGAGCUGGAUAACGAUAUGUUCUCAAAUCCAGAAGACGAGAGCCAUGAUGUUUCUUACAGAAGUGCAGGGGCGCAAUUGAAUGGCAAUGGCGAUGAUUUUGACAUUCAUGUAAUUGAUAGCGACGCACCUGCCCAUGAACAUAUGACUUCCUCUGUUGACGACCACGAUGAAGGUGUGUCAGAUGAGGAGGAGGACGAAGAAGAAGAAGAAGAAGAAGAAGAAGACGAAGCAGUGGACGAAGAUAUGAGUGGUGAAGAUGACCACAGGUAUAACAACUAUUACUCUGAGUCAUAUGAAUCAGACGAAUCAGAAGUAGAUAUGAGAAGGCAGUUGCGACGGGGCCAGUCUAAUAAUCCCACUCAAGACUCCUCUACUUUUCCUCUUGACGAAUUUGAAAAUAGCGUGCGUCGUUUUUUUACUUUCUCCCGACAAGAGGGGUCGCAGCUUGGAUCGACCCUUGGCAGAUUUGCUCCCUUUGGCAAUUUACCCAUACAAUUUCGUCAAAUUCUCAUUGGUCUUACCGAUGACUCAGAUCCUUCCGCACAAAUGGUCGCAUUGCAGGAGCUUUCAGAAAUAUUGGUAAUCAGUACAGAAGAUAUUUUACAAGGCUUAUUCUCAGUGGAACCCUUCGUUCGUGAGUUUAACCAUAUUCUUGCAAAUAGCUCUUCUAUGGAAUUAAUGCUCAUGUGUAUGACAUGCUUGUCUAAUAUGCUGGAAGCUUUUCCUUCCUCAAUUGCCGUCGUUGCCAAUAGUCCAAUUGUCAGCACUCUGUGUGUCAAGAUGUUCGAUAUGCAGUACAUUGAUAUGACUGAACAAGCCCUCAACAUCCUUCUCAGAAUAUCAGAAAAGUUUGGAGACCGCAUCGUUACCAACCGUGGUUUACUAGCUGCACUCCAAUACUUGGAUUUCUUUUAUACGGGCGUUCAGCGUGUAGCCAUCUCCAUGGCAGCCAAUUGCUGCAAAUUCUUACGCGAAAAAGAUGUGGAUCAUGUGAAAGAAGCAUAUCCACAUUUAAUUACCGCGCUUCAAAUGGCCGAUACCACGGUCCGUGACAAGGCUUACGAGUGCGUGGAGAAUAUAAUGAUUGCUUUUGAGGACAAUCAUGAUAUAAUGAAAAGUUUUGUGAACACGGAUUUGAUAAGCUCUAUCGUCGCUUCACUCGAAACCUCCCAAUUCUCCAAAAUGCAAACAACCUCGCAACCUCGCCUUUUCAGUAUUUUGACCUGCAUUUGUUCUGUUUCGGAAAAUUACGUGCAGCCUCUCUUGGAAAUGCAUUUGUCCGAUAUCAUAUACGAAUUGCUAUGUGGCAUUCCACCCCCGGAAUCGUUUUCGCAUAAUUCGAUGGUUGCAAUGCAAAGUUUGUUCCAUUGUCCAAACGAGCUGAUUAGCAAUGUCCUCAGUCUCAUCUGUUCUCUUCUUCAGAAUUGUCCAGAAGUUAGUAAAACCGGAGAAAAUAGUGCGGGAACGACAAAUGCUUUGGUUCGUACUCUUCUCCCCGUCGUUAUGGACAUUUAUUCAACCACAACUGAUAAACACAAUCGUGAACUAGCAGUUAUUGCCGCUCUCCGAAUGAUUAAUAGCGUUGACAAUGAGUGUCUGCAAGCAACGGUUAAAAGUCUUCCUAUCUCAGCUUUCUUGGCUUCCAUUUUGACACUUAAAUCAAAGGAAUAUGCUCUUUUAGAAAACGCGCUAUUAAUGGCUAUUGCUUUGUUGGAGCGUAUGCCGGAAAUUUACAAAGAUUUGUUUAUAAGAGAGGGCGUUGUUCAAGAAGUCUCCUAUAUGAGCAGUGCACUGUCGGCAGAACUAAAAAAGCUGAGACGUGAUUCCUCUGGUUCUUACGAAAAUGUUUUUCAGCUUGGCAUGUUACAGAAGUGGGAGAAGUCGUUUCUCUCCUUCUACAGAGAUGACGAACUGGUUAAUCCGACAUUGGAAAAAUUGACCAAAUUUGCGAAGUCACUCGUAUAUGAAAAUGAUUAUGAACGUGUAUUCGCGCACCUGGUUGAAGUCUACGAACAACGACUUCCAGUGACAAGUUAUGAAUUACUUCAAUCUGGACUUAUCCCUUCUCUCCUUAAAUUAUUGUCAAAGGGAUCUGUUAGCGUUGUCCGAAAAUUCUUCCAAGCUUUCAACAAAGGUGACGAACAUCAUGUACUGGACUUUACUAGUGGGUCACUUUCACGGUUUAUUACAAGCCUUCAAGAACUCCUUUCCAGAAUUGAAAAGUUUGAGAUUUCAAUAAUACCCACUAGUUCUCCUUCUCAAAACUUGGGAUUCUUAUCCAAGCAGUAUAGACUAAAGCUUGUCCCCUCCCCUACUGUGAAUGAGAGUCUUGGUUUACGAUCUUUCAUGGUUUCCAUUAACGGUUUGGAUUCGCUGUCUACGCUGGAGGAUUACAUGAAAGGAAAACUCUUCUCUAGAAGAACUCUUGAGAACCGCUUGUCUUCUCUUCAUGAGGGCACGGCCACACCCAUUGGAAAUACAUCGCUUACAAACCGUAUUGCUAAUGAGGAGGACUCUGCAUCCAAUCGUAGUCCAAGUGUUAAUCAUGAUGCCUCUCCAACUGAUUCACAGUCUAGCUCCUCGGAUACGCACCUUUCUUUUUAUUUUGACGGUAAGCCUGUGAACAAGAAUUUCACCAUCUUUAAAGUUAUACUGGAAUCAUUGAAACCGAAAGGGAAAUGUUCUAUGGAUGACGUUUUGAAUGCGUGCAUAACCCUCAAUUACAACAUUUGCACAAGUGCAGACGAACCAGAAGUUACGCCUACAGUAGAAGCCUUUCAAUGUAACCCAGAUCUCACCAAUGUGCUUCAACUUCUAAAAACAAUCUACGACUACCUCAGUGACCUGGAAUCUGUUUUUCCAAGUCGGCAUUUAAUCGGUAGCUUAGAAAAUCUUCUUACUGAAUUCAACAAUUGGAAACUUAGUGCCAAGCUGAAUCGUCAACUUGAAGAACCUUUAAUUGUGUUGCACCAAUGUCUUCCUCGUUGGUGUUUACAUAUUGCAUCUAAUUAUCCGUUUUUGUUUCCUUUUGAGACUAGGUAUAUUUUGCUUCAGUUUACGGCCUUUGGUAUGGGGCGAGCUAUAAAUUACUGGCUUUCAGUUCAUCCGGUACAAACAAAUGACGAGAAUUCAACUGUUCUACAGCUUGUCAAACUAAAUCGUCAAAAGUUACGAAUUUCAAGGAAUCAGAUUUUUGAGUAUGCAAAACAAGUACUCUUUUCAUUUGGCUCCUCUAAAAAUAUAAUUGAAAUUGAGUAUGAAGAUGAAGUCGGCUCUGGCCUUGGUCCCACACAAGAGUUUUACACUACGGUUUCCAGAGAAUUUACCAGGAAGCAUCAUCAUAUGUGGAGGGAUGACAAUCAAACAUCUAACUAUGUUCAUAGUGCUACAGGCCUCUUCCCCGCGCCAAUGUCUCAUGCAAUCGGUGCAAACGAAAAAAUCUGUUCACUCUUCAAGAUGCUGGGCCAAUUCAUCGCGCGUUCACUUUAUGACUCUCGUUUGAUUAGCGUGCAAUUAAAUCCGUUAAUCUUUGAAGAGACAAUACCGUUAACUUUAAGUUCUGUCAGUAAAGUUGACAAGGAGCUUGGUAAAUCUCUUCGUUUCCUUGAACGAUUGCUUGCUCGACAACAAGCUGGAUUCACUGCUGUGCCCACAGAGACAAAAAUUGAGGAUCUCUGCUUGGACUUUACACUUCCAGGCUAUCCUUCUGUUGAAUUGAUACCAAAUGGUAGAAAUGUUCAAGUAUCUCACAAAAAUGCCAGCAAGUACAUUUCUUCUAUAAUUGAUUUUACCGUUGGAAAGGGAGUUCAGCUACAAAUCCAGAAUUUCCGAGAGGGCUUCAGUACAGUUUUCAACUACGAAUCAUUAAGAAUUAUUACGUCUCAUGAAUUAUCUAUGCUGUUUGGCAAAGUUGAAGAAGAUUGGAGCUUCGAAACAAUUGCAAAGUCAAUUGUUGCUGACCAUGGUUAUAAUAUGGAGAAUACUACAAUUCAUAAUCUCAUCGAGGUUAUGAGCAACUUCUCUUUUUCUGAACAACGAGAUUUCCUUCAAUUUAUCACUGGUAGCCGCAAGUUACCUAUUGGUGGCUUUUCCAGUCUACAUCCAGCUCUGACAGUUGUUCGGAAGCUGAAUGAACCCCCCUACGUUCCUGAUGACUACCUACCAAGUGUCAUGACCUGUGUUAAUUAUCUCAAACUUCCGGAAUAUUCGUCCAAAGAGAUUCUCAAACAAAAGCUAAUGUUAGCCAUGAAAGAGGGUCAAGGAAGCUUCCAUUUAUCUUAACAAGCAUGACCGAUGUUCAGUGAAGAUUUUGAUAAUCCUAACUCAUAGUUGAAAACGACCUUAAUGAAAAAUUCAUGACCUUUAUUAAAAGUUAUCUACUAUACUUACAAUAAUCUCGUAUGUGUCAGUUGUCCAUUGAUGCAUAUCAUCCGCGGAGGUCUUAAGUAGCAGUAGUGAAUGUUUAGAAUAUUAAAGCUCAAUCACUAAGAUUUUACUAAUAGUAAUAAUACCGGUCAAGCCUGACCUAAAAGAGGGUUUCAGAA